CAUGGCGCACAUAGCCACGCAGUUUCACAACAUUCCUCGCAGUGCGACUCAAAUCAGCUGACGAGGAAGGGAAGGAGGUUUGUGACGGUAACGUUGUUGGGUGAAAAAGAAAAAACCGUCUACGCAUGAUCUGUUUGUGAUUGUAUUAUUAUCCCUUCAAUAACAACAUAUCUUGAGAACGAAUAUAGGCCGCUGCGCCAUGGCAACCUCCAUCAGCACGCAGAGGGGUCAGGUGUACAUCGGAGAGCUGCCCCAGGAUUUCCUGCGGGUCACCCCCACGCAGCAGCAGCAGCAGAUCCAGCUUGACGCACAGGCAGCCCAGCAGCUCCAGUACGGAGCCUCCAUGGGAACAGUGGGCAGGCUGAGCAUCACUGUGGUGCAGGGCAAGCUGGCGAAGAACUACGGGAUGACACGGAUGGACCCGUACUGCCGAGUCCGUCUGGGCUACGCAGUGUACGAGACGCCCACGGCACACAAUGGGGCCAAGAACCCGCGCUGGAACAAGGUGAUACAGUGCACCGUGCCCCCGGGCGUGGACUCCUUCUACCUGGAGAUCUUCGAUGAGAGAGCCUUCUCCAUGGACGACAGGAUCGCCUGGACGCACAUCCCCAUUCCGGAGUCGCUGAAGGAAGGGAAGGUGGUGGACGAGUGGUACAGUCUCAGCGGCCGACAGGGAGACGACAAGGAGGGGAUGAUCAACCUCGUCAUGUCAUACACAUCUGUGCCAGCCAGCAUGAUGAUGCAGCCUCAGCCUGUGGUUCUGAUGCCCACCGUGUACCAGCAGGGAGUGGGAUACGUUCCUAUCGCAGGAGUGCCAACAAUCUACAACCCUGGGAUGGUUCCAAUGGGGGUUCCUGCUCCAGUGGCCAAUUCACAGCCCCUCUACAACGAAGAGGACCUCAAAUCUCUCCAGGACAUGUUCCCUAAUUUGGAUAAAGAAGUGAUUCGUUCUGUCAUGGAGGCUCAGCUGGGCAACAAGGACGCUGCCAUUAACUCCUUGCUUCAGAUGACGGAAGAAUUAUAGAUCCAGGCACCAUUCAUUUAUGAGCUCAUGCACCUGUGUGUUUCCAUAUAUAUAUAUGGAAACAUAUACAUGUUUUUGUGUAUGUGUGUACAGACACACACACAAAGAUGUACAAGACUUUGUGUUCUCCACAGUUCUGUGACGGUGAUGGGGGGGUCCUGCCAUUGUGUGAUAAUGAGUGGGUUUCUGCCGUUAGAUUAUUUUAUUGAUUUAUUAGCCAUAAUUAAAUUAUAUAUAGUUUUGUGUUUAAUCGCUGUUUUUUGUUUUUUUUUUUUUUUUUUUUUCUAUGAAAAUUUCAUUCGCUUUCAGCAUUCUGUAAAUUGUCCAGAUGGGUGCAUAUUCAUCAAUGUCUGGCCCCAGAUUUCAUUGGGACUAAAUGAGCGUAGAAAAAGUUUGAUUUGACAUGAGCACAGCAUACCGCUAAUAUCAGCUGCUCUGCUUCUGCCCUCCGUGUCAUUGUAUCAUUCGGGUUAGUGGAGAACACAAGCUAUACAUGUAGAUAUACAGACAUACAUGCAUCCCUACAGAGACUCUACAUCUUCUCUAUAUCAGCAGUAUUGCCGACUUCAGGGCUUUAGCUAGAACAUUGUAAAUUUGUGUCUUAAUGGAUUCAGGAAGUCUUCUCAGUGAUUUCCCUCAAUGAAUUACCCAGCCUGCACUGUUGUUGUUGUCGUCAGUGGUGUCGUUGUCGUUGUCGUCCCAAGGGCAUCAUUGCUAUAGCUUUAUUGCUGCCUAUCCAGCCAUGGGGAAAACAGCUCCCUACCAAACGCGUUCAGUAAUUCAUGCUAGACUGUAAAACAUUGUGUAUCCUAGAGUCAGUCCUGGCAUGACAUGAAGCUGCUGAAACCAGUGUUGAAACCGAUAAGUAGCUUGGCAUAUAAAACAGCUGGACUGGCCACUUGCAAUAUUAAACAAGCCUGGUGUAAAGAAUAGAGGCUUUGAUGCCAGGCUUGCGUUUCCAGCUUCUACAGGAAAUGGUUGGGGUCACCCCAGACCAAACUUGUUUGCCAAUUUAUAUAUUGUAAGGGACAAAAAAAAAAAAAAAAAAUUAUAAAAUUUGACAUAAACAGACAAACAUGUUUGGGGUCUUUAGAGAACACACAACUUUUUUUUAUGUAACUAUGUUUUUAUUUCUUUUGGGACUGGGAGGUCAGUGACGAAUGAGAUGUCUUCAGAUUCUGAGCAUUCCUUUCUUUUGUCGACUCAAAGGCCAACAGUCUUUCAUAGUUUUAGAAAAGAGGAACACCUGUUGUCUCUUCAGUGUACUUUUAAAAGCAAAUAAGCAUGCUUAUUAAUAAGCAUUAUACAUAUAUAUAUAUAUAUAUAUAUAUAUAUAUAUAUAUAUAUAUAUAUAUAUAUAAAUAAGAAGACUUGCUUUAGUUUGAUAAGGGGAUGCGAUAACGGUUGAGUGGCCAUAUUCUCAAAGAGUUUACUCCAAUCUUUAAUCAACUCCUAUCUGUUGAACGAGGUAAAACUGCAUAGCAGUUUGAUCCAUUCCUGGUUCUGCUAGUUUAACAAGACACACCUGGGCUUGUUACCUGUACACACUAUGGCUGAUCAAGCUGGUAGUAAAACCUGGACUGGGUGAAACUGCUCUGCAGCAAUAGGAAUCUUAUUUCCACCCCUGAUUUUACAAAACUAGACCCAAACAACAAAGUGAGAUAAUCCAACUUACCAUCAGCACUCUCAACAUGUUUGUUUUUCAUUUUGUAACAUUAACAUGUUUUUUUUUCCUUUAAAAAAUAGGAGUUAAAUAAAGAAACGCUUUGAGAAUAUG